AUGGCUUCAAGUACUACUAGAUUUUCAUUGUGUGAUAUAGAUUUAAAUGUAGAAUUUAUUCCUUUGCCAGAUUUAAAUAUUGGUGAAGAAGAAGACGUUGAAGAAACCAACAAUAAUAUUGGUAUAGAAAAUAUUGUAGAUAACGAAUUAAAUAAUGAAGAGAAUAUUGAAGAUACAUCAAAUAGUGAAGAAAAUAUUGAAGGUGGACUAAAUAUGGAAGAAAAUAUUGAAGAUGCAUCAAACAGUGAAGAAAAUAUUGAAGGCGUACUAAAUAUGGAAGAAAAUGUUGAAGAUGCUUUAAAUAGUGAAGAAAAUUUUGAAGGUGUACCAAAUGGAGAAGAAAAUAUUGAAGAUGAACUAAAUAGUGAAAGAAAAAAAUUAAAAGUUUUAAGCAAUGAAGAACGCACAACUAUUUAUCACCAGUUACUACAAAAAAGUGUUGAUGGAAAAUUACGUAGAGGAAUUACAAAUGUGGUGGCUUCAUCAUUUUCUGUUUCUAGGAGAACUAUUCAACGUAUUUGGAAAAGAGCAAAAGAAUGUGAAAUACAUGAUGUGUCCCAUAGGAAGACAAAAAACUAUGGACGUAAGAGAAUUCAAUUUUAUCCUAAUCAAAUUAGUCAAAUUCCUUUGAGACAAAGAAACAAACAUCUGGUCUUUAUCUUUUGCGAUGAAAACAAAUCCAGGCUUUUAAAAUCAGGAGUUAUACGACGUCACUCAAAUGCCAUAAAGCCACUGUUAAAAGAAGAAAACAAAAGAGUUAGGUUGGAGUUUUGUUUGUCAAUGCUCGAAGGUAUACCACAUGAUCCAAUGUUUAAAAGUAUGCACAAUAUUAUUCAUAUUGAUGAAAAGUGGUUUUACAUGACUAAGAAAUCUGAGAACUAUUAUUUGCUAUCGGAGGAUGAUGAACCACAUCGUACAUGUAAAAGCAAAAACUUUAUUGCCAAAGUUAUGUUUUUAGUUGCUCUUACUCGACCAAGAUUUGACUCGCAAGGAAAUGAGAUUUUUUCAGGUAAAAUUGGUAUUUUUCCAUUUGUUACCCAGGAACCUGCUAAAAGGACAAGUGCUAACCGAGUUGCAGGAACAAUGGAGACAAAAGCAAUAACAUCGGUAAAUAGAGAUGUCAUAAGAUCAUUUCUUAUUGAAAAAGUCUUGCCAACUAUAAAGGAAAAAUGGUCAAGAGAUGAUUUGGGUACUAGUACAAUAUUUAUCCAACAAGAUAAUGCAAGAACUCAUAUUAAUCAUGAUGAUCAAGAGUUCAUUCAAGAAGCCACACGAGAUGGAUUUGAUAUUCGUUUGAUGUGUCAACCUGCAAAUUCUCCUGAUUUGAAUGUCUUAGACCUUGGAUUUUUCAGUGCAAUACAAUCAUUACAACACAAGGAGUCCCCUAAAACUAUUGUUGAACUUGUUCGUGCGGUGGUGAAGUCAUUUGAAAACUUUUCAUCUGUGAAGUCCAAUCAUAUAUUUGUAACAUUGCAAUUAUGCAUGAUAGAGAUCAUGAAAGCCAAUGGUUCUAAUAAAUAUAAAAUCCCACAUUUGAAUAAGGAAAGACUAGAAAGAGAAGGACAAUUACCCGUUCAAAUGAAGUGUGAUCCAAUUUUAGUACAAGUUUUUAAGUACCUAAAUACAGAGUAA